UAAAAACUUUCACUGGACACGUUGUUAUAUGUCUGCUGGUAUUUUUAUUUUAAAAUCAAAGUAUGUAAUCGCAAUGAUAAAAUCCAGUUCCCUGCUCCUGUUGUUUUCUGCCAGAUUUAAGUGGACAUUAAUUAAAGUGUGCAAUAGUAUUUUCACAUUGCCCUGCUCCUUCAUUCACUGAUAAUGGUGAAAUAAAUACCACGUGUUGCCUACUAAUUGGAUUAGAAUAGCAUAUUUUCAAACCCGCAUCAGGAAAGUAAGCCUCUCACACACUUGUACAUGUGUCUGUGUCUGUGUGUGUGUGCACAUUCUUGCGUAUUGUGAGCAUGUGUGAACAUGGCAUGCAAAUGUAGGCGUGCUCUAUGGGUGUAACGCUGGUGUUUGUGUGGACAGGGGAAGGGAGUGGGUUGGCAGGACUUAUACAGUAGCCCACAUGUAGAACAGUGAGCAAUGGGACUUCUCUGGUGUUGAUUAAACAGCAGUGAACUGAAACAAGAGGGGCGGUUGUGUUCUCUGAGGUGCGCAACUGGAGGUCAUCUUCGCAAUAUUAUAUUGACAGACUGACUGGCUAAGGGUCGACCAUCCUGACCACUCCAAACUGUUUCAGGUCAGUAGAGACCUACUAGACUUGUGUCACCAUGGCAACAACACCAGUGGCCCAGCGACAGCAGGCUUCUUCCAACUUGCUAGACCAGUGGGUCAAGGAAUCCUGGACAGAAUAUGAAUUGGGCUCCACUGGGGGCCACUACGCCCGUCUGGCCCCCAAGGCGGAGCCUGAAGAGGAUAUCGACAUGGGACCUGAAGACCAAGAGGAAACUCUGCAGGAGAACGUCACAAUCUUUAAAAUCAAAAUGGCUGACACAACCAAAAUGGAACAUGAGAAGCCAACAGGAGUGAGUCAGCAUACCCCCAGGGAGACAGCAGCAGAAUUAGAACAAGCUUUCACAAAACUAUCAGAGGAAUUACAGGCUUGUAAAAAAUCUAAGAAGUCUUUAAAUUUAGGUAGGGAUACUUUCCCACUGCCUUCUCCACUCAGUGGCUCAGAGGAGUGUCCUGAGAAAGAGGCCCUUUCCAGCCCAGAGGGGGAGGCGACUGAGUGUAUCAGUGAUACUGGGGUCAGUUCAGAUGCUGCAGAAGAGCUUAUGUCCUCUGAUAGCCCGAAUAGUCAUGAAUGGACACAGUCACCUCUGUUCACUGAACCUGCUGACAGAGAUAUGGGGUCAACAUCUGAAGAGACAGCAGGAGACAGUGUGAAAACACAAGAGGGGGUUGCAUGGUUAAACUCAUUAAUAGAUGGCUUGGACAAUAGUAAAUCUAAAUAUAAUUUGCAAGGGGUUGCUGCUAAAACAAAUUCAACCACUAGCCAUCCUACCUUGGACAGAGAAAACUCAACUGAUCUUUUUGCCAUCGACUCACCUCCUUUUGCUGAUGAAGUAGAGGAGGAAGAAGAAGUGAGAGUGUUUUCCAGUUCCAUGGACAUAAAUUCAUGCCAGGAGCAAUGGAUGACACUGGACAGCAGUAGCAAGCCUACCCAGUCCUCAUACUCUGUAAGCUCCUCAAUCAGGAGUGAGAAAGACUCAAAAUCAGCCCAGCCUGCUGUUCCCUCAGACAAACAGCAGGGGGAGCACUUGCCCCAAAAGCGACGUGAACUUGCCCCCAAGGGAGCAAACCAGGAAGCAGCACAACAGGUGCUUAGCCAGGCCUCUCCACCUUUGUCGACCGUUGCCAUGGAGCUGGCCAAUGGGGGUGCUGCAGCUUCUCGAGGCUCUGCUUGUGCUGUAGCUGAAAGAGAAAGGAACAGGAGGGCGGGGGAAAAGACUGAGAGAGGAAGCAGGCAAACAGGUGGAGAGAGAGGACAAAAAGAGAGUCGAUUUGAUGCAGCCAAAGUAGUUGGAGAAAAACACAAAGGAAUGUUAAAGUAUUCAAAGACAUUCCAAAAACAGGGGCAAGGGACAGAAAGAUUUAGCUCUGUAUCGUCUAAACACAGCAGAGUCAUCAAGAUGGAGAGUGACUCAUAUGAUGACAGCCAGAGUGACAGCGGAGUAUCGGCGGACCUCUCUCCAUGCAACACCUUGGAGAGCCACACCAACACACCCAGGGGCAUCCCAACUCGACAAAAUGAGACUCCCAUUGAGAGGGAGAUCCGACGGGCUGUAGAGCGUGAACACAGCCUGCGAAGAUCCAGGGGUCUUCAGAAUCCACCCAUCAGCCCUGAGUAUGUUGAGAUCCCUUUGAGGAAAUCUGUAAUCUCCCAGUCACUGCCUGCCAAGUCUGAGAGGACUCAAGACAAAGACAGGCACUUUGCUGGGAAAAAGAUGCAGCAAGAAAUCUACACUGAAGCCCAGAGAGAGCAGGCUCUGGUCAAGCUUGGUAAAGUUCCAGGUGUCUACGACAAAGGUACCUUUCGCCAGCUCAAAGAGAGGAAAAAAGUUUUCGAGGCCUUUCAGGGACCCAAGGAUUCAUCCUUGACUAUUUCAACCAGGAGUAAGGCACCAUCCUGGUCGUCUGCCAGUGAAUUUUCCACCCUGGAGAACCAGGAGGACAUCUCAUCGCCAGCAUCCACACCAGGAGGCUCAUUUAUGGGGAGGAGACGUAGCACAGAGUUACUGAGUCAGACACAGAAUCCCACCUCGGGGAUGACCAAGGGAGGGCGUUCAACCUCCACACUGACCCAAGGACCCCGUCUCUCGGAAGGGACAGGCUGCCAGGUGAUCAUCCUAGAGAAUAACCUGGAUCUCACAGCGCAAACCCCCUUUCCCUCCCUACCUCUGCAGCACUCCAACAGCCCAGCCGCAUUUCCUGAGACAGAGGCCCUCAGUGUUGUCGACUCUGGAACUCUUUGCGCCUCUCCUUCCAGGAUAGGAGGACACAAGGGGAUUUCAAGGAAAGAGGAACAAAUGGAGGUGGAGGAAGAUGAGGCAGUACCCAAGGAGAACCCCUUUUUCAAGUUGCGUUCCUCUACUGCUUUGGUUAAACUAGAUAUCCAGGAGGCUCAGGAGAGGGAGAGGGAGCUUCGCAAGCAGAGGAGCAGCCUGUAUGGGGGCACAAAGGUUGCCAGAGGUAGAGGGGGACAAGCACGAGGGGGAAGAGGAGGAGGGAGGCCAGCCAGCAUAGAAAGACAGAGCCCAACACCCCCUUCUUCUCCCCUAAAUGGGCUACCUAUUUCUGAUUUACCUGCUUCUCUUUCCAAGAGGGGAAGUGGACCCCCACCAGCACGCCAGUCCCUUGGCAAGUUGGGCAUGUGGCCCCCUGCCCAGGCUGAAGAAGAGAUUAGCCGGCCAGAGGUGCUCCUGAGUCCGCGGACCCCAAGACAGAAGACCCCCCUGCUGCAGCGCUGGGAGAUGGGCUUGGUCAAUGGACACAGGGAGGAGGAUGACUGAGGACAAAGAGAUGGAGUGAAGUGAGGGAGGGCAGGAAAGUUGACUGAGGCUGUUUUUUUUUUGUUUCUGCUUUUUUUUUUUUUUGGAGGGGGUUGAGAGUGUGUGAAAUCAUAAAAAAGAGGACAGUGUCAAGGGAGGGGGACGAACUGAAUGAAGUGAUGAAAUGAACAGGAGAAGGGAGGGAAGGAACAUGGCUGAUGAAGAGGAGGACAAAGAAUCUGAAGUAAGAGGAUAGCAAUUGGUUGGGGGGGGGUCACGAGGAUUGGCAGCAAGGAAAAGGAUUGGCGGUGGACUGAAAACCUUGAGGGGCUGAUCAUAGGGAAGAAGAUUGAGAACUCCCAAGCAGGGCCACCUAUUAGUGGCAAAGAACCGGCUCUGCCUCUGGUGUUGCCUGUCUUCACUGGAAGACUCUGGGACUAAUGAACAAAACAAGACGAGAGAAUAAUGAUGCUGCCCUGGACAAGAGAGGGAGAUAUCUAAUUUAGAAGAAUGGUGUUUUUUGAACUUUAUUGGACUUCUUUAACACUAAUUCCAGAGUAAGAGCGGUACAAUACACUGUAUCUGCCGCUGAAAUUCAGCUAGAUGAUGAUCCUGACGAGUCACCAAGUCCAAACUUCAGCAUCAGUUUUGUAUGUGUGUAAAUACUGUAUGUGACACAUUUUGUAAUAACUCUUGGGAAACUGUUAUUUUUCUACUCCUACUGUUUCUACUGAGCUUUUUAAAUGCAGAUUUUCAAAUUGUAUUGAUAUCAGUGAGACAAAUGUUUUAAGUUAAUCAAAAAAAAUGUCUGUGUAUAAGGAUUUUAAAUUGCAUUCAAGCACUACCAUCAAUAUUAUUACAGCAGAAUGUGCACCUUAAACAGCAGUCUUUAUUUCAGAUAUACACCUACAGCACUGUCUUUUCAAAAAAAAAAAAAAAAAAAAUACUGCAUAGACUAGUGAUCUGAAUUAAUGCACUAAUCUAGUUGCAUUUUUUGUGAUUUUUCAUGCAUUGGUAUAAAGCUGGAUUAUAGUGCAAUAAAAAGAGCUCUUACAAAAUACAACUUGGACCUGGAUUUCAGAACCAAACAAUGCCUCAUAAGACAUAAUGCUUAAAUAAUAGCUGUUAUGUUCUCAGGCUUUGUGUCACAUUUUUUUCAAAUGAUGAAUAUUGUAUUUGGAAAUGAAAGACACAUAUUUCGGUUCUUUCCCUUUUAAUUCCCAUAUGGUAAGAAACAUUAUUAUGUCCAGUGAUACUGUACUAUCUACAGCAGUUUAAUAUUAAACUAAUGAGUACACAGGUGUGGCCAUCAUGGGGGAAAUUAGUCAUUGAAGUUACACCAUAAAUGUAUUAUUGUUAUGUCAUUACUUUAGCCCUGUGUCCUGCCCAGAUUUUCCUUUGGUGCAUGUUUGUCUCCAUCAGGGCUUGGCCUGAAACUGGCUCUUACAGUAUGUGUGUUGUUGGCCACAACAUCAGACGGCACAGAUUCUCUGCAACAAUUAUCUGCUUUGCACUUUUCCUUUAUUGGGGUUUCCCAUGCCGCCAGUGGUCAAAAAGAAAUUUGUCACCAUGGAGACAGCUUUAGAAGAUGCUGCCUGUGAGAAUUAAGCAGUCUAAGUGCCCUGUGUGUGUGUGUGUGUGUGUGUGUGUGUGUGUGUGUGUGUGUGUUUAGGUGAGAUCAGCAAACCACGCUUUAGUGACCUCCCAAUCUCCUGUGAAUAAUUCAUCAUCCCAUUCUAACUGGACACAGCCUGGUGACACUGCUAGUGUAUUAUUAUUAUGAUCUGCCCUGGGUAGGGCCGACGCAAAUUAAGUGCUCAAAAUUAUUAAUAAGCCAUAUUCCUCAUUAGGUAACUUUGCUAAUACUGCCACCUUGCCAGGCCGUGUGGCACGUGACCAAGGUCUUGGUAUUAUAGCAAAUGAUGUAUCAUCUGUCAAAAAUGUCUGAGACAGAAAUAUAGCAAACAAACUGAACUACCCUUACUAUAAUUAUGAAGCCUUGGCACUGUGAAAGUAGGCUGUGACAUAGCUUCUGUUCCUUACCUGGGAGGAACAUCAGUCAAAGAUCAAAGAUGAUUUUUUUAUGUACAAAUCAUCAAACAUAGCACCCCAAACACAACCCCUCAAACCAGGCAAACCUGGCAAACUGCACUGUCCAAGUCAUCGCUGAGUCUGAUGUCUGCUUUUCAUGGUGUAAACCCUCAGAUGUGGUGACCCAAAAAUAAACCUCCAACCCUGUCUAUCACCA